CUAGCUGGCAAACAUGACUCCUCUCCGCAGGGAGCAGGUAUUUAGUCUGCCAAGCAGCUUGUGCUGCCCUGGUAUGUGCUAACCUGGCAUGUCUGCUAAUCCUCCAUGAAACACGGAGCAGCAGAGCGGCACACGAGGGACGACAUUGCACAUCUCGAGCAGGGUUUAUGUGUGGUAAAAUCCAGUCUGGGGUGGCACAGUAGGGCACUGUCUAGCUUUGCUGUCCCACAGCCCCGGAAUGUGGGGUUCUGUCCCAGUCUGUUCUCAGUCCACAGUACAUCAAGUCUGCACAGCGCCCCCCUGUGUCUGUGUCCUUUUUUCUCCAGGUGCUCCGAUUUUCUUCAGUCAUCCUAAAGACAUGAAGCCGUCUGCAUCACAGAUCAUCUCAAGCCACCAUGAGGUUCGAAGAGCUCCUUUCUGAGGUGGGUGGAUUCUCUUGGUUCCAGCUGAGGAUUGUCCUUCUACUUUGUAUCCCAAGAAUCAUUCUGCCCUUCCAUUUUCUUCUACACAACUUCAUCUCGGCGGUGCCGUCCCAUCGCUGUUCACUUUACCCAUCAGAGAAUGCAAGCACCUUCUACAUGGACACAGAGAGGCUGAAGGGAAGCAUCCCGAGAGAGGCCGACGGCUCUCUCAGCUCCUGCAGGGCCUUCUUGCCACAGCAGUCCACUAACGCCUCUGAAGGACCUUCAGCACUUCUUCCUUGCCAGUAUGGCUGGGUGUACGAUAAAAGCCAACUGACGUCCACCACAGCGACUGAGUGGGAUUUGGUGUGUGAUAAUAAAACACAGAAUCAGGUCCUGGCAAUGUACUUCUUCAUUGGCGUCACCCUGGGAGCGAUCAUUUUUGGAUAUUGCUCAGAUAAGUUUGGCUGGAAGGCAAUGCUCCUGGUGUUGUUUGUUGCUUCUGCGAUUUUUGGGACGAUGUCUGCCUUCUCAGUUUCCUACGUGAUGUUUGCAGUAACCAGGACCCUGUGUGGCGUGGCCUUGACUGGCAUGUCGAUCAUUUCCAUAGUUCUAAGUCUAGAGUGGAUUGAUGUCAAGCAUCACACUUUCACCGGGACAAUUAUUGGGCUUUCCUGGAACGUGGGCAGCAUGCUCCUAGCCUUGGUGGCGUAUUUCAUCAGAGACUGGCGGCAUCUGCUGCUUGCUGUCACAUCGCCUUGCAUUCUUGCUAUAAUCUCCUGGUGGUGGAUCCCAGAGUCAGUCAGAUGGCAAGUGACCAAUCGGCACAUAACAAAAGCCCAUAAGCAACUUUUAAAUUGUGCCAAAAUGAAUGGGAAGCACCAGUUUGCAUCAUGCAUUACCACAGAGACCAUAAGCAAAAUAACCUUUGCAGAAGAUUCCAUCCAAAACUAUUCUUAUGUGCACCUGGUGAAGACCCCCAAGAUGAGAAGACUUGUGUUUUGUUCUGGAAUCGUAUGGUUUGGUGUCGCAUUGUCUUAUUACGGAAUCAGCCUAAAGAUAUCUGGCUUUGGAGUGAAUAUAUAUCUCACUCAGUUCAUCUAUGGCGCCAUUGAGGUUCCUGCAAAAUGUGCCACUUAUUUCGCCCUGAACAAAAUAGGGAGAAGAAAAGGUCAAGCUUGGUCUCUUAUUAUAACUGGCGUAUUAAUUGGACUAAACACACUCAUUCCUGCAGAGCAAGAAUGGAUUCGCACUUUCAUUGCCGUUCUUGGGAAGGGUUUCUCCGAAGCUUCCUUUACUAUUGCCUUUCUGUAUACAGCGGAGCUUUUCCCUACUGUACUCAGACAAAGCGGCCUAGGCUAUACUUCGUUCAUGGGCCGUAUGGGAGUUUCUUUAGCCCCUCUGGUCAUAAUUCUAGAAGAUAUAUGGUCCUCCUUGCCGUCUGCCAUUUUUUCUACUGCUGCCAUUUUGUGUGGAUGUACAGCAUUUCUUCUUUCUGAAACUCACAAUUUCCGAUUGCCAGAGACAGUCGCGGAUGUGGAACAAGACAAGCACAAACUGGAUCCAGUUAAUGAUAUUCAGGAAGAGAUCAAUGGAAUUGCCAUGAAUUCAGUCAUCCGGUCUGAAUUACUGUGACAACUGAGAAGAAGAAGAACAUUGGUUUGUAAAGCUGUGUAUUAUAAUCCCUGAGAAAAUGGUGAGAUGGCACCAAACAGGACAGACAAUAACAGUCAGACCGGGGACGAUAAGAGAGCACAAGCCAACUUUCCAAAAAUGUAUACUGAUGGCGUAGUGAAUGAAACGAUAAAGAUCGUAGCACUAAAGUCGUGUUGGAAGUGCCUUCAACUUCCUCUAAUGCCAUGAGAUAUUCCACCAGGUAGAACAGAACAGAGAUGAGGACAAGGACGACACAGUAACAAUACCAGAGGAAUGCUCAAAGUAAUGACCACGGAGAAAAAAAUUUGAAAGAGCUCAAGUAAAAAGGUCCUUACACGGUCUAAACUACAACAGAUUUUGUUUCCAUAGUGAAUCUGACACAUGGAUGAAGCCCUUGUUAUGCUGCACUUUUAAAUGCAAAAAUACAUGAAGUCCUGCACAUUCGGUCAUGAGACUACCUACAGACAUAAAUAUCACGGCCUCUGACAUACAAAUUAGCACAAAGAGCAGUGCCCAUAAGGAAAAAAACAAACAAGAGUGUGCCAUCACCAUCCUAAUCAAAAAACACAGCAUAUUGAGGGCCACGUCAAUAGUCCAGAAAUGCACAAAAACUUAAAAAAUGGGAAACUGGGAUUGCAACAAUGCAGUGCAGCAAUGAGUCUGAAAGGAUCCUCAUCUUCAUAGUCAAACAUUUCACUGCUAUAAAAUGACAACUUACUUAAACAAGUCCACAUGCAAAAAAAUUUCCCUUAGUGUCCGAAUCACUUUCUAACAAUCCUGUUUCAGUUUGUCCACUUAAUUUUAUGGAAGAAGAUGAUCCGCUGUGGCAACCCCUAACGGGAGCAGCUGAAAGAAGAAGAACAAGUGCCCGAAUCACUUUCAAAAUGCAGUAAAACCAGACCAUAUAAGGGUGUCAAUCCACUCAAAAUCCAGUAUACAAACAACUGGACAGAGGGGACUCCCUACUCCACUCUUAGAUUAAUAUACAUUUUAACAACGAGCAUGAGACUUUAAAAAGGGGACCACACUGAAUGAUAAGUUAUGACCCAUUUUGGAACAAUGAAAAUCUGGUCAGCCCACCCAAUUUCCAAGCUCUUCCACACUAUAUAUGUAUGAUAAAUUACCUUCAAGUCUGAACAGCAUUUUCUGUUUCACUGGCCCCCCCGAGUACAUGAAACGACCUCCUGCUGGGGGUGAAAGACUUUCACAGCCUGAGACAGGCAAAGAGGCGAAGAGCACAUGCCGACUUCUUUUAAAAUGGCACAGUCUCUGGGCUUUUCAUUUGUUCUCCUUUUUUGUGGAUUGAUACUUGAGAACAUUCAUACUCUAAAGAUGGACGUAUUUAGAAAGUUUUAAGGCUUUUCUUUUCAAAGUUGGACUGGUAACCUGUAGACCCUUUUUAAACCACAAGAACUGCUCCAGUAUUUUAUUAAAAAUGCUUGACAUUAUAAUAGUUUCCCACAGCAAAUUAAUGUACAUCAUCAUUGUGAAAAAAUAAAACUUUGUCUUGAAAAAUACUGAAUUUAACCUUUAAGCAAUUAGUCACAUCUGAUCCCUUUUAUGGCUGCACAUAAUGCAUUACAGCCAUGCCAGCUUAGCGGGGUUCAAAUUUAUAUUAAAGUGAGUGAUGAAGGAUUUCCUAAUAAAAAUAAUAAUAAUAAUAAUACUACAUUUUAUUUAUAUAGCACUUUAAUCUAAAUCAAAUGUUAUGUGAAUGAACUUGCAGUUGUUUCUUUUAUACUCCGUUUGUAAUAA